CAAACGGGCUCUUAGUUCAAAUUUGGAAGAGGACACAUCUGUCCACUAAAGUGAAAAAAAGUGGUGCGCCAAGGAGGACCGAGAGCCAAGUCGCACACUUGCUCAGCCAGUCAGCUUUCUGGUGCAGACGUUCAGUGGUGCGUCGUGCUCACCUUCAGGGCUUCAGGCAAUCAGGCUUCACGCCCAGGCUCGCCCCUGUUCACGCCUUGUCUCCGGAAGUUCAGGACUGCCUGUCUGCCUCACCGCCUCAGCAAUCGGCCUUCAGAUGCAGAUAUCCAUGGCUUUGGUGGUUAAAUUUCCCGUGAAUGGCCAAGUAGGAAUCUGUAACUACAAUUUUACCAGCACAAGCAAAAGAGCUGGUAAUAGCUUUACCAGAAGACGAAGGUCUGUGCUUAAAAUGUGUUCAUCCUCUUCCGGUGUGCCGGGAAAGAUCAUCGAGCAAAUGCCGCCACCUAAGUCACAGAGAAAUGCGCUUCCAAUAAUGGUCAACGGUUGUACUGGGAAAAUGGGAAGAGCGGUUCUUGAAGCAGCGAUUUCUGCAGGACUUCUGCCUGUUCCGGUGGCUUUUGGUAGCACUGAAGAUUCGGGGAAGAUAUUAGAUGUAGCUGGGAAAAAAAUUACAGUGCAUGCCCCUACUGACAGAGAAAACACUCUAGCCUCAAUCUUUGAGGAGCAUCCUGAUUUAAUUGUGGUGGAUUACACAGUACCUGCAGCUGUAAAUGAUAAUGCUGAGUUAUAUUGCAAUGUUGGAGUUCCUUUUGUGAUGGGAACUACUGGUGGAGACAGGGAGAGGUUGUAUAAGACAGUGACAGACUCUAAUAACUAUGCUGUGAUCUCCCCACAAAUGGGAAAGCAGGUUGUUGCAUUUCUUGCUGCUAUGGAAAUUAUGGCGGAGAAAUUUCCUGGUGCUUUCUCAGGGUAUAAACUACAGGUGAUGGAGUCUCAUCAAGCUAGCAAGUUGGAUGUAUCUGGAACUGCCAAGGCUGUCAUCUCAUGCUUUGAGAGAUUAGGGGUCUCCUUUGACUUAGAUCAGGUCCAACAAAUACGUGACCCAAAGCUACAAACUGAAAUGGUUGGCGUCCCCAAGGAAUACUUGUCUGGUCAUGCUUUCCACAUGUAUCAUCUAACCUCACCAGAUGAAACGGUCUCAUUUGAAUUCCAGCAUAAUGUUUGUGGAAGAUCAAUAUAUGCAGAGGGUACUGUUGAUGCUGUUCUCUUCAUUGCGAAGAAGGUCAAAGCAAAAGAAAACAAACGGAUUUAUGACAUGAUUGAUGUUCUGCAGGAGGGCAAUAUGCGUUAAAUUACAUCUAACUACAGAUGCAAAAUGUAUGGUUACUUGGAGGUCCACAUCUAAAUUCCCUUAAUUGAAGUGUGGUCCUGUUAAGCGUGCGUGUGCAGGCCCUCGUCUAAGGUCUAUGCUAUGCGUGGGAAGGAUGGAGGAGGAAGCAGCAGUUCUCUCGCCAAAGGUCUAUGCUAUGCGUGGGGAGGGAUCUUCCUUGACGAGUCCUAGGGAACAAGAGGAGGUUUUCCCUAGACUAAUGCUCAAUAGUUUAGGAUGAAUAAUUGCCUGAUUGUAUUCUUCCAGAGUUGUAUCAGUAAAUAGAGUUUUUUACAAUAAAUUUCCUUAUUCUACGCAAAUGAAACUGACAUCUUAACAAUUGCAACAAUUAAAGAAUUUAAUAAUAAUCUACAAGUCUUUCUUUUCU